AAAAUGUCGUACUAAAAUAUUUCUUUUCGAUGAACUGAAUUGCAUAUUAAAAAACAAAUAUAAACAAAUGGAUAAAAAUAAUUUGGAAAAAAAUGUCAGUAACCUCGUUCAAAACCUCAUUUGAUGAACCAAAAGAAGCUAUAAAAAAUAAAUGAAAUAUGCACGCAAAGUAAUAUUAAAAAAAUAUUCUAAUAAAAUAAAACGACAGAAAUAAUAAAUAAAUUCGUUUAUAGAAUUAUUUAUGAAAAGUAAAACAUUGGUGCUCGCUCAUUCAAAAACCGUAAUUAAAUAAUCACAAAAAUACUAAAAAUACUAAACAAGCUCAACUUCUGCACAUUUUUUAGUCACCAAAAAAUUAGAGCUUCGAAUCGACUCAAUAAUAGUAGUAGUCGUAGUUGUAGUACAAAAAAAAGUAAACAAAGUGAAAAUAACGCAAUAAUAGGAAUUAGUAAAACCAACUUUUUACACUGCGCGCCACGUUUCAUUCCCGAAACUCUCCUCCAUAAGCCUAUUAACGAAUCCAGCAAUUUGCUACCAAUAAAACUAUCCAAAUUUCACGGCUUUUCAGUUUCCGUAAAUAGUUGCUGAACAGCCGCAAGCAAUGAAGCAACAACAAACCACAACUAAAAGCAAAAAAGCAUAAAAUUCAAGGAAACACAACCAAUUUCGAGACGGGUGUAAAUAAUAUACAACGGGAAACAAUAAAAAGCGCAUAUACAAUCAUACAAUCACGCAAAAAAGCCACAAAAAUAAUUUGAAAAAAUUCUAGAGCCCGAAAAAGUUUUCAUCUCUCAUUGUGGCAUACCAUAAAAUGCCAAUAGCAACCAAAGCCGCCACAAAGCAAUAUACACAGUUGCAACAACAGCAACAACAAACCGCAAACACCAUGACCGCGCCUGAUGACAACAACACAACAACGCAUGCUAGCAGCAGCAGCCACAAUACCACCACAACCACAAAUGCAACAGCAAACAAUCCACACGCUCACGCUGCCGUCGCCUCUGCCGCGGCUAACCUCAACAACAGCAGCGCUGCCAAUUUGAGUGGCGGCAUUUCAUCGCUACCGCCGCUACAACCGCCACCACCUCCACCGCCUGCGCUUAGCAGCGGCAACCUGAGCAUACUGAAUGGUAGCAUUGGCAUUGCCAGCGCUCACGCCCAUGCGUCGCACACUUACGGCCAUGCACCGAGCGCUGUCAUGGCUAGUGCCACCGCCGCCGCCGCUUUCGCCGCCAAUGCCAACUCGAACUCUACCAUGCACGGCAACAACUAUAGCAUGCCAACAUACGCGAAUAUUACUGUUAUUCCCUCGAAUGCAGCUGCCCUCGCCGCCACCAACGUCCAGGCAACGAAUUCUGUCAAUGCCAAUGCACCCAUCGCCGUUUUUAUGGGUGGUUUGGCAGGCGGGGCGGCAGCAGCAACGAGUGCUGGUAGAGGUGGUGGCGGUGCUAUUGGUGUUGGCAAUACCAAUGACAACAACAACAAUAUGGAUAACACAAGCGAAGAAUCGAAUGCGGUGACAAUUUACAGGUGCCGGGCCCCAAUAGCGUCACUUGACUGCAUGGAGGAGUUCAGUGGUACGGGAGGUCAUCUUGAUUUCGGCCGUUCGAUAAGUUUGGGCUCGAAUCCGGCACUGCCGCUGCGACAUGGCUCCACACCAACGCCCGGCUUGCGCUACAAGAAUCUUGGAAAGAGCGGCUUGCGCGUCUCCAAUGUCGGUCUGGGCACGUGGCCCGUCUUUUCGCCCGGCGUUAGUGACGAACAAGCCGAGGCCAUAUUGCGUUUGGCCAUCGAGAGUGGCAUUAAUUUGUUUGAUAUCUCUGAGGCGCAUUCAGAGACGGAAAUUGGAAAGAUUUUGCAGCGCACCGGUUGGAAGAGGACCGCAUAUGUGAUUACCACAAAAGUCUACUGGAGCACUAAAUCCGAGGAACGUGGCCUUUCACGCAAGCACAUUAUCGAAUGUGUCAAGGCUAGUUUGCAACGCUUGCAAUUACAAUAUAUAGAUAUUGUGAUUAUACACAAGGCUGACGCUAUGUGCCCUAUGGAAGAAGUUGUACGCGCCAUGAACUACGUCAUACAACAAGGCUGGGCUAUGUAUUGGGGCACCGCACGUUGGUCACAAGUCGAAAUUAUGGAAGCCUACACUAACUGCCGGCAGUUCAACUGUAUUACACCCAUAGUCGAGCAAUCCGAGUAUCAUAUGUUUUGUCGUGAAAAAUGUGAACUUUAUUUACCCGAAAUGUAUAACAAAAUUGGCGUGGGCCUGAUGGCUUGGGGUCCGCUUUCGAUGGCAUUGGCCGAUACGCAAAAUGGUGAAAAGCUCUUCUUGCCAAAGGGAUCAUUCAAGACGAAAAGCCAAAGUUACUCGUGGACAGAGGACGAAAUAAACCGAAAUGCGGCCUUAUCGCCACAAGGCAGCUGGAGUAAAGACCGCGUAGAUGAGGGACGCCGACAUUGUGACCGUUUACGCGAUUUGGCAGCGCUGGCCGAGAAAUUGGGUUGCAGCCCAACACAGCUCUCCAUUGCUUGGUCACUAAAACAUGAGCCGGUACAAUGCCUGCUUUUAGGCGCAACUUCGGCGGAACAAUUGCAUCAGAGUUUGCAAUCCUUGCAACUACUGCCACGUCUCUCAACCAGCGUCAUGAUGGAGCUGGAGCGCAUAUUAGAAAACAAACCGGUGCGGCCGCCAAUGAUAUCGACGCUCGCACUUCGGUGA